UGCGCCUAGCAACGGCGAUGGCCGCCGUUCCCGCGGAGUCCACGGCCUCCACGGCCUGAGUAUCUGCACUAAGUCCUCGGCCUGGCCUCGAUCUCCCUAAGGAUGCCUGUGACCGUGGGCCCAUAUGGGCAGUCGCAGCCCAGCUGUUUCGACAGGAUAAAGAUGGGUUUCAUGAUGGGUUUUGCAGUGGGCAUGGCUGCAGGAGCGCUGUUCGGCACAUUUUCCUGCCUCAGGAUUGGCAUGAGAGGACGAGAGCUGAUGGGUGGAGUUGGCAAAACGAUGAUGCAAAGCGGUGGGACGUUUGGGACAUUCAUGGCCAUUGGUAUGGGAAUACGCUGCUAAUCUGGAGUUUGGGAUUUAUCCCAGAGUGCCCCCACCCAGCCAUUCCUUCGCUGUACAAUAAUAAAAUCUUUAGAUACCUGGAA